ACUCCCCCACCCAUUCUCCUUCCUUUAUUUUCCCACACUCGGCAGCCAACCAAUCACCUUACCCUCACCAUUUCAUAUCUCCUUCACCAAAUAAGCCAGAGGCCUCUACGGAAUUCCAAACCAAAACCCUAUCGACAAGAACAGAUACUGAAAUACUUUAAAUCUCACCAUUUUCGGUUCACCAAGAAUGACGAUGGAGAUUAGUCCCGACGUGUACUCUCAAGAUGAUCAUCACCACGAAAUUGCACCGCCGGAGAUUACUUUUCAAAGUUCGAGCGAUGUUAAUCAUCCUUUGAAAACGGAAAGUCUGACUAAUUUGUUGAAGGACGCUUCUCGUGAGCACCAGGAGGAUCGGUAUAAUGGAGCGGAAACGGAAGAGUUGUCGUCGGAAGUUGAGUUAAAUACUGGGGAAGAGAGCAGGACGACGGUAUUAUCACAAGGAGGGACUCGGCUUGAUAACGAGCCGGUGAGAAUUGAAAAUGGAGACGGCGGAGGGAGAGAGAGCGGAUCGAUGUUGCCGGAGGAUAAUGGGCGUGAAAGGCUGAAGAGACACAGAAUAGAGGUGGCUGGUAGUGUUUGGAUUCCUGAAAUAUGGGGACAAGAGAAGCUGUUGAAGGACUGGAUUGACUGUUCGACUUUUGACGCGUCGUUGGUGCCCGGCGGGAUCUUAUCGGCUAGGGCGGCUUUGGUUGAAGAAGGAAGACGAGCAAAUUCGGGCAGAUUAAGAAUAGAAAACAGGUGUUGAGCUAUAAUUAUUUUGAAUAAUAUUUUGAUGUAUAUUUUUGAUUUGAUGCUCGUUGAUUAUUGUGUGAGAAUAUGGAAACGGCAUGGUGUUCGUUCAUGAUAGAAAAAGAUCCAUCCCUGGUGUAGGUUGAAGUUUAUGGUGACAAUAACUGGUUUUUUCUUCUUCGGCUAAAUUUGCAUUAUAAGUAACCAGCACUACAGAAUUCUGUCCCA